GCAUCGAUGAGUGCACGGCCUGCAGACCCAAGCCUCACCUCCAAUAACGGCCGCUGCAUCAGCGAGUACCCCGAUGGCGAGUAUGAGCUCGGUAAUGGUGCCACUCCACCAAACGCCACCAACUGCCUCAACCUCUGCGACGGCAACUUCACCAGGCGACCACCGCUGCGUGCCAUGCACCACGUGUGGCAUGGGCGCCUGGGCCUCGAGCCCAUGCUCCUCAUCUUCUGA